AUGAAUGUUUUAUUUAUGAAUUUAGAAAUCACACAAUGUACAACAGACUGUUCCAAUGUAGCACAGGGUGGGAUGUUUCCAUUCUGUGGUAGCUGUACCGAGUUUGUGACGUGUUUCCCAGGGUUCAUGGUGAGAUUGGCUUGUGGUGCUGGUCUUAUAUUCGAUAUCAACGUUAUGGGCUGCGCUCCUGCACAAGGUGGCGUUUGUGGGACUACAGAGAUAUCACCCGCUAGGACAGAGGUAACUGAAUGUUCAAAUAAUUGUGCCGGAAUAACUGCACCCGGCUUGUAUCCUGUUUGUGGGAAUUGUGCUGCGUACGAUGUCUGUAUUAAUUCAGCCUUGCUCGGUUCGGUGACAUGUUCAGCUGAACUACUCUUUGAUAUCGUGACUCAGACCUGUAAUUUCCCAGAAAGCACCACAUGUGGAAUCGCCCGACCAACAUCAGCUGUCACCUCUCCAGCUACUUCACAAACCACCGCAGUUGUUCUAACACCCAAUCGAACAGAAGUAGCGCCUUGUUCAAGAGAUUGUUCAACACAGGCGGCUCCAGGUCUUUAUCCAGUAUGUGGUGACUGCAGUAAAUAUCACAUCUGUUCUAGCGGAAUUCUAAUAGGGGAAGUACAGUGUACAGGCGGUCUACUGUUCGAUAUUGUAGGAACCACUUGUAACUUUCCAGAGGUCACGACUUGUGGAGUUGAAGAUGCGACAAGUAGUGGAAGUACUGUGUUAAGGGCGUUAGGGGGACUAGGAGAAUGUGUUGAUGAUUGCAGUCGUAAAGCUAAUGGAGACUACCAGUCCUGUAAUGGGUGCAAUAUGUACGCCUCAUGUUCUAAUGGAAUUAUGAUUGAUGAAAGACCCUGUGCAAAGGCUGGUACUGUUUGGGACGACAGACUCAAACAAUGUAUGUACACGUCGUCUACCUGUACUGAUGCUUAG